AGCAAUGUGCACUGAUGCCAGCAGUCUGCCUUCUCCGCCGGUCCCCCAGCACUGUCUGCAUUAGUCCCUCCGCACUGGCCACUGGCUCCCUGUAUUGCUUCGGGCUUCUACCAGCUUCUCCUCCCGAGCCGGAUCUUCUGGUCCCAGAGCUGUCACCCCCGUACAGAUAUGUCAAGGUGUCCUGCACUUGCUCAGAAGGAGACAUUUUCGCUGCCCUGACAGUAGGAAAUGGCCACAAAGCCAAUGGAUCUACUGACAGAACUUCAGCUCUUGGAGAAAGCAUCCACUCUAGAGAGACUGCGUGCAGCAAAGAAACGGAGAGAACAGCAGUUGAAGAGGUGGGCACAAAAUGAGAGGGAGGAAGAAAACAGAAGGCGACGGCAGCAGAAAGCCAGAAGGAAGACACCCACCAGGAGCAAAAGAGUUUCCUUUCCUUCACGAGUUACUCUCCAUGAGGCCUGCCUGAGGAAUGACCCAGAGGAAGUCCUGGCAUUACUUAAGAGUAAUGUAGACCCCAACCUGAGUAAUGAAGAUGGCUUGACUGCUCUACAUCAGUGCUGCAUUGAUAACUAUGAAGAUCUUCUCAAGUUGCUGUUAUCACAUGGUGCUAAUAUUAAUGUCACAGACAAUGAGCUUUGGACUCCUCUGCAUGCGGCGGCCACGUGUGGUCAUACCAACCUGGUGCGGCUACUAAUUCAGCAUGGGGCAGAUCUGCUGGCAGUAAAUGCAGAUGGCAAUAUGGUGUAUGAUCUGUGCGAAGACGAAGCUACACUGAACAUCAUUGAGAAUUUCAUGACUUAUAAAGGCGUCACACAAGAAAUGGUUAACGAAGCUCGUCAGGCUCCGGAGCGUUACAUGCUAAGUGACAUCAGAGCACUGGUAGGAGCCGGACAGGACCUGAACAGAUCAGACAUCCAAGGGGCCACUCUGCUGCAUAUUGCAUCUUCUCGAGGUUAUGCAGAGGUAGCAGAGACGCUGCUUGAAAAUGGGGCUCGAGUGGAUGUGAAGGAUCCGGACAUGUGGGAACCUCUGCAUGCUGCAGCAUUUUGGGGCCAGAUCUAUGUGGCAGAGAUUUUGGUCUCACAUGGAGCUAGUCUGAGCAGCAAGACCUCCUUGGAUGAAACUCCUCUUGAUUUGUGUGAAGAUGAGGAGCUGCGUUCUCUGCUGCUGGAGCUGAAGCACAAGCAUGACCUCAUUAUGAAGUCUCAGCAAAAGAACAAGUCCUCUCUGAGCCGCAGGAGCUCCAGCACUGGAAGCCAUGGAAAGGUUGUCCGGCGUGCCAGCUUAUCAGAAAGGACUAAUAUGUACAGACGGGAAUAUGAGAAGGAGGCCGUAGUGUGGCAAUGUCUUGUAUCAGCUGGGGAAACAGACGGAACACAAGAGGAAGAGGAAAGCAGCCCUGACCUACAGAGGAGGGAACCCAUGGAUCCUGACCCACUUCGGGGAAAUCAUGACUUUCCAGAAGUCCAGUACCGUAAUGGGUACUGUUCUCCAGUCCCUCCAUUUUAUUGUUCUCAAACCAUGCCUGACUCACCAGUCCCUAUCCCACUUUCCAAUGGCAGCUCCAACCACUCCCUAUCCUCUUAUACACAAAGUCCUGUAUGGAGCAGCAUCUUGGACCAGGCCCCGCUUACCCUUUCUGAGCUGAAGCGGCAGAGGAUGGCAGCAAAACAGAGCAGGUACCUUGCACGCAGUACCAGUGAGUUACUUGGGUCUGGCAAUGUAGACUACUCUAGUGAUCCUGGCACACCCCCAUGGUGCUCCAACGGUAUGUCUGUGUACUAUACACCCACUAGCGGGGACCCCCCAAUUUUACGGCUAAAAGCUACAACUGAAGAUGAAGAGGAAGAAGCCAGCAGAAUCUUGCGGUGCUGUCGGCUGUCAUGACUGCAGCUUCUUAACAGUUCUGUACCGUGUUAUACUCAGAGCAAAGUGUAAAUAUAUACACUACAUGGCCAGAUAUUUGUGAACACCUGAGCAUCACAACUGUAUGAGUUUGUUGGACAUACAUUAUAAAACCAUGGGCAUUAGAAUUAAGU